CAGCCCCACAAGCACAGCACCCAUUUCUGAGUCAACCACAUCCAAACCCCCACCUGAGUCCUCAACCCCUCAGAUAUCUCAGUCCACCUCUUCCCCUCCCACGGAGUCAACCACCCUUUUGAGUACUGCACCACCUACCACUGAGACGACCAGCACAGCCCCACCCUCCACACCCACGUCACCUACAGCCACCAUGACGGGAGGCCACACGCUGUCUCCACCGCCCAGCACCACCACGGCCCCUCCAGGCACCCUCACUCACAGUACCACGAUCGGGUCAUCUUCACCCACCACCCCCAGCACUGUGCAGACGACCACCACCAGCGCCUGGACCUCCACGCCGACCCCAGUCUCCACACUCAGCAUCAUCACGACCACAAGCCAGGGGUCCAUCUUUCCCUGCUGUGUUCUGAACGACACCUACUACGCACCAGGUGAGGUGGUGUACAAUGGCACACACGGAAACACCUGCUAUUUCGUGAACUGCUCACUGAGCUGUACCUUGGAGAUCUAUAACUGGUCCUGCCCAUCCACGCCCUCCCCAAAGCCCACGCCCUCCAAGUCGACGCCCACAUCUUCCAAGCCAUCGCCCACGCCCUCCAAGACAACGCCCCCCAAGCCCGGCUGCGCAGACUUUGAUCCUCCCAGACAGGUGAACGAGACGUGGUGGCUGUGCGACUGCUUCAUGGCCACGUGCAAGUACAACAACACGGUGGAGGUCGUGAAGGUGGAGUGUGAGCCGCCGCCCAUGCCCACCUGCUCCAACGGCCUCACCCCCGUGCGCGUCACGGACCCUGACGGCUGCUGCUGGCAUUGGGAAUGCGACUGCUACUGUACGGGCUGGGGGGACCCGCACUAUGUCACCUUCGACGGACUCUACUACAACUACCAGGGCAACUGCACCUACGUGCUGGUGGAGGAGAUCAGCCCAUCCGUGGACAACUUCGGAGUUUACGUCGAUAACUACCACUGUGACCCCAACGACAAGGUGUCCUGCCCCCGCACCCUCAUCGUGCGCCACGAAACCCAGGAGGUGCUGAUCAAGACCGUGCACAUGAUGCCCAUGCAGGUUCAGGUGCAGGUGAACAGGCAGGAGGUGGCAGUGCCCUACAAGAAGUACGGGCUGGAGUUGUCCAAGUCUGGCAUCAACUACGUGGUGGACAUCCCCGAGCUGGGCGUCCUCGUCUCCUACAAUGGCCUGUCCUUCUCCAUCAGGCUACCCUACCACCGGUUCGGCAACAACACCAAGGGCCAGUGCGGCACCUGCACCAAUACCACCUCUGACGACUGCAUUCUGCCCAGCGGGGAGAUCGUCUCCAACUGUGAGGCUGCGGCCGACCAGUGGAUAGUGAACGACCCCUCCAAGCCACACUGCCCCCACAGCAACUCCACAACCAAGCGCCCGGCCGUCACUGUGCCCGGGGGCAACAAAACGACCCCACACAAAGGCUGCACCCCAUCUCCCCUCUGCCAGCUCAUCAAGGACAGCCUGUUUGCCCAGUGCCACGCGCUGGUGCCCCCCCAGCACUACUACGAUGCCUGCGUGUUCGACAGCUGCUUCGUGCCAGACUCGAGCCUGGAGUGCGCCAGUCUGCAGGCCUACGCAGCCCUCUGCGCCCAGCAGGGCAUCUGCCUCGACUGGCGGAACCACACGCAUGGGGCCUGCUUGGUGGAGUGCCCGUCUCACAGGGAAUACCAGGCCUGUGGCCCUGCAGAAGAGCCUACGUGCAAAUCCAGCUCCUCCCAGAAGAACAACACGGUCCUGGUGGAAGGUUGCUUCUGUCCUGAGGGCACCAUGAACUACGCCCCUGGCUUUGAUGUCUGCGUGAAGACCUGCGGCUGUGUGGGACCUGACAAUGUGCCCAGAGAG